AUGUGGAUUACCUACAUUAACAUUCAUAAAUAAAACUUUUUAUUUCUUUUAUUAUUAACCUAUUUUUAUAUCCAAUUAAUUGUGAUUGUCAUCAAUUUUAAAUUGAUAUUUUUUAGUGCUACACCAUUUUACCCAUUAUUAAAUUCCUCAUCUAAUAAUGGCGAAUUUAAUCGUUAUUUUCCUUCUUGCUUACAUUAUGGAAUUUAUUCCAGAUAUACUCCUCUUAGCGAUAUUCUGUAAUUUACCAAAGAUUGGAACCUUAACAGUAAUUGUUUUCAUUUUCAAAGUAUCAAAGAUAAUGUUCAUAAUAAUAUCGAUUCCUUAUCUUAUGAUUGCAUUUAUUAUGAGAAAAAAUUAAUUGAAAAGUAAUAUACAAUUACUAAAGAUCUGGUAUGGGUUUACAAACAAUCACAAAAUUAAAUAUAUCUGAAAAUGAAUCAUAUUGGUACAUUUUGGAUAGAAUAUAUUUCAAGAAUGUAUCGAUUAUUCAGUAUUUUAAAAAAUUUAUUUUAAGAAAAUAAGUAGAAUUUAAGGUUCCUGUUUAUAUUUUGA